AGAAAUUUGUUGCACAGUCCUUUUUAAUUCUCCCCACCUGAAGGCCCACACAACGCCAACACGCGAUGUUUGGCGCAGUGAUUUGCUCGCUCAUGCGCUGUGGCGGGAAGGAUCGACUGAAGGCGUAACUUUGCCAUUUAGCUGUGGCUGGUUUGGACGUUGGCUAUAUUAUUGUUUCAAACUGUCGCAGCUUUCUGACAUUACUUCUGGACUGGCAGCAUCCAACAGGCCGACAAGAGUUCAAAGCUUCUCAGAACCAGCAAGGAGAGAUCGAGUUACUUUAACUAGCGGUCUGCAGGGGAAUCGAGUGAUAACGCGGCAACGAAACUGUCAAAAACCAGUGAUUACAAUUUUUGCGGGUGGAAUACCAGACACUCCUGAUCAACAAGGCUGAACUGGAAGGAGGGGCAAAGGUGGUUACCGGCGGAAGCAAGCUGGGUGUGACAAUGGGAGGCACGUGGAUACCAGUCACAGUUAUAGUCUUGGUUGUUACGAUACUUGUUCCGUGCACUAGAUCAGAAACAGGCAGCGGGUCUCUAUCACAAAAGAUUCGUAGAGAAGGUCUAGAGGGAGAGACGUACUGGUUGAACGACGUCGGCUUGACCGACCAGCAAUUGAGACAGCUCCUAGCAAACAGCCUGACUGGCCCUCACGGCUCAACGGGUGGACCCACUCCCCCAUCAGGUGGCAAGCCAAAAUACCGUCUGUAUGGCAAUCGCCUCUCUGGAACGGGCCUGAGACUCUCUGAAAACGAGGACGAGAGCCGUGUUGACACCAAAGUAACGCCAAGGGGGUCGAACCUGGAAACAAGGAAGCGGAACGGGUUCUUCUACGGCAAAAGAAACGGCUUCUUUUAUGGCAAGCGAUCGGUCUUGGACCUAGAUAAUUCAAAUGAGUGCACCUCGUGUGGGCCUCAAAACAGCGGCCAAUGCGUCAUGUUCGGCACCUGCUGCAGCUAUUCCGCCGGCGGCUGCUUUUUCCUGACCGACGAGGCCCUGCCCUGCGUGACGUCUGAAAUGUCCAAAUGUGAGCUCAAGGGCGCCCCCUGCGGCAGGGAUGGGUACGGACGGUGUGUUGCCGAUUCAGUCUGUUGUUCGCCACAGGAGGGCGCUUGUCAAGUCGACGCGGCCUGUAGCAAAAAUACUUUUCAUUAAGAAGCGUUCGAGUAAGGUUAUAGGGAAACUUGAAAUUGGUCAGUUGGGUAGAACGUGAAUUUAUUUCAAUUGUAAACUAAGAAUUUUUCGGGAAAAUUAACUUAUGACAUCUAAAAAUAUCAAAAUGUAUUACAGACCUAUUAUUUUCCACGAGUGAUCUGACAAAUGCUAAGUUUAUAGUGAUAAAUGCAGUACGUAGUAUCAAAAAUUGUUUAAUAGACACACGAAAUUAUUGUAUCUACAUGUUCUACCAUUCCUUAAAAAGACGAUUACUGCGACUAGUUCGAAAUUAGUACUGAACUUAAACAACGUAACUGAUUUCAAUUAAGUGGUUUAGAUUGAGUCCUAAUUUUCGGUAAUAUUCAUUAUUCGGCGCCCGAAUAUAUCUUCCUUGUCUUGGUUGCGCUGACAAUCAAGUGUCAGUGAAUUAUUCAUUCCACGUACAGCACAGCCACACUGCAAACAAUUAUAUUCCAAGCUGGAUGGAAAUUCUGCUCCACAGUCACAGUACAUUUGCGACGUUCUAGAGGAUGUACAAAAUUUAUGAGGCAUUGGACUGAACAAAAUUUUUUUUUUCUUGCUAAGGAAAGAAUAAUUCCAUUCAGUCGAAAUUUCUAGUCUACUAGUCACCCCCAUUACACUCAUGAGCGAGUAUUAUUUGUAAAGUAAUUGUGACCUUUAAUUGCCAAGCUAACCUGUUGAAACCUAUUAACACUCACAGGACAAGUAAUGGAUCGGGUGAUUCCGUUCUUGUUUUGGAAAUUUAUCAUGUUUAGAAAAAAAAAGCGUCAUUCAAAACUAAUGGAUUUUACGAUAGACAAGUAUAAAUAUAUAUGUAUUAAACAGUCCCAGAAAUUUGGUAACACCAUUUCAGUUUGAUUUUACAAAGAACGUCUCGAAAACAUUUUUGUAUUGUUGGCAAACAGUACCAGCUACAUUGAGUUACAGGUCCAAAAACGUGGGCUUAUUGAUUUUACUUCCUUAUAAAGUGGUUACUCGAUUGUUUUAGGUUUUUGAAACCAUGUUGUUUUCCACUUUCCGUAUAUAACUACUCAGCUAUUCCCUAACGCAACUGUGAUAACUACAUCAGGGUUAACUAUACGUAACGUUGUUAAUUAAGGUUACAGCUCAAAAAAGAUGGAAGCCCUGAAAAACUACUGUGAUCUAUUUUAUUUUCAUGAAAAAUCUUAUUUAAAUAAUUCUUUACCAUAAAUAUAUAUCCAAUCGAGAUAUAUUCCUGUUUUACUCUGCUAAGCGUUAGAAAUAUAACGUUCAAUUAAGAGAGACGACGAGAAACAAUUGACCCAUGCCCCUCCUGCGACCCAAGAACUGUUUUUAGAUUAGAGGUAUGACUACAACCAUUAUAGUUAAAAUCAGGACAAUCUGUACCUUGACGAAACGAAGUAUGGCGUAGAAUAAAAAAUUACAAGUCAUUAUUAUAUGUUUGUAGCGUUGUUUAAGGGUUAUUAUGCUAUUAGAAGACUUUAAGUGUCCUUUGAUUAGAAACUUACGACUCUAUAAGAAAAUUGUUUUAUUGUCCAAAUUGACGCAGAAAGUAAUGCAGUUAUUUUAAGAUAUCUACUUUUAUUUUUCUGAACAAUGCUGGGUAAAAUAAAAAAAAAUGGGAGCGCUGAUUCCCUUUGUGCCAAUGUA